UGGAAAAUACAUUUACAUAGAAUCCUCAGGAAGGAAACUUGGAGAUUUUGCAAGGUUGAUAAGUGAAACAUUUCAUAACAAAGCGAAUAGAUGUCUAACAUUUUGGUAUCACAUGUACGGCAAACCUGGAAGUUUACAAGUAGGUGUCACUAUAAACCAAAGUCAGCCCGUUACUUUACUCAAUAUUACGGGGGACCACGGAAACAAUUGGAUAGAAGGCAGCGUAUAUAUACCAGACACGUAUAGGGACUUUCAGAUUGUAUUUGAUGGUAUUCGUGGUAGUUCAUAUCUUGGCGAUAUUGCUUUAGAUGAUAUCAGUUUUACAGGCAUUUGCAAUGUUCUUUCUGCUGAAUCGACAACUACCACAACAGAAAUAUUUACUACAAUUACUACAACUAAAACAACAGAAAUAUUUACUACGAUUCCUUCAACUAAAACAACAGAAAUAUUUACUACGAUUCCUUCAACUAAAACAACAGAAAUAUUUACUACGAUUCCUGCAACUAAAACAACAGAAAUAUUUACUACAAUUCCUAAAACAACAGAAAAGUUGACAACGUUUUCUUCUCCGGAGACAACGGUUUCUACAGACUAUUGCCCAGUUGAACAGUUAGAAAGUAUCAAUUGGUGGAAGACAGCUGCAGGAGAAACCGACCUAAAACAAUGUCCACCAAAUUAUACAGGUAAUGCUUCUCGACAUUGCGACAGCAAUGGUAAAUGGGAAACGCCAGUAUAUAUUAACUGUGUUAAUGAGAUACUUCAUAAGACAACAGAAAAACUGAAACAACUUGAACAGAUCACAAAUCCUGAUCAGGCUACAGCUGCUAUAUCUGACAUACUUGAUACUGUAGAUAAUUCCACUGGGGAUCACAACGACAAACCUCUCAAAUCAGGAGAUUUAAAACAGACUACGUCUAUCCUGUCAUCUAUUAUCCAAAUAGGAAACUCAAAGAAUGCGUCGGUCAAUUCAGAGAAAUUUGCAGAUGUUCUGAAUUCUGUGUUGAAUACAGGAAACAGCCAUAGUUGGAACGAAGUAAACACGCAUGAUGAUUCUGACAAAGGGGCAUCAAGCAUUAUGCGAAUAGUAGACAGUCUUGGUAGUCUCGUUCAAAAGAAUUUAUCAUCAAAUGAAACGAAAAUCAUCAGCAGAAAAAAUUUAGUCAUAGAAAUUUCAACACUAAAGAAGAACCUGUCUUUCCCGCCAGAUGUACAUUCAAGAUCAAAAUUGUUACUUGCUGACCAACCAGCUCUAAAAGAUAAGUUUUACACAGCAGCAAUGUACAAAACAUUGUCAGGCAUUCUGCCAACAACGGCAAAUAGAUCAGUUGGCUCUGAUGUGAUGUCCGUUUCAUUUGACCAACCUAUCCACAACUUAGCAGACAAUAUAUCAAUUACAUUUGAGCAAAAUAAAAAGGUUAAAUUCAUAGAUCCAAAGAUAUCUUGUGGAUAUUGGGACUUCAGGGCUAAAAGUUGGACUUAUGAUGGAUGUUAUUUGAAAAUGACCGAUUCCAAAGUAUCUACAUGCACAUGCAAUCAUUUAACUAAUUUUGCAAUAUUGAUGAGCCCUAGUGACGUUGAAAUUUCAGAUGCUAACAAGAAAGCCUUAGAAAUAAUUACGUUUGUUGGUUGUGGACUAUCAAUACUUGGAUGUUUUCUUACUCUUAUUAUUUACGCUGUAUUUUGGAGAUUCGUCAAACACGAAUGGGCUGUGAGUUUAAUGCACAUGUGCAUUGCUUUAAUAAUUGGAUAUUCAGUCUUCUUAAGUGCUACAGAGGAAACGGAAAAUGAUAUUGCAUGUGUUAUAAUAACAGGUGUUCUACAUUACGUGUUUUUGGUUGUAUUCUUCCUUAUGUUAUGUAAUGGAAUAUCAGUAGCUAGAUCUGUCAUAUAUGUAUUCAAGACAAAAUCAAGACUUCCAAUAUAUAUAGCUGUGGCUUGGGUUGUUCCUUUAUUGAUCGUAGGAAUAACUCUUGGAAUAACCAGACUUAAAGGAUAUCAUUCCGACAAAUAUUGCUGGCUAAAUACGAGUAAUUUUGUAUUUAUGUCUUUUGUCGGACCUGCUCUACUAAUAAUACUGAUGAAUAUAGGAAGUAUUAUAAUCGUUUUACGAGCUAUGUAUUCUACAAAGGGUAUUCAGAAUGAAACAUUGAAGAAAAAGGCCAGAUAUGGUAUCAAAUGUAUGGUGACACUAUUACCAGUGUUAGGGCUAUCGUGGUUAUUUGGAAUCCUGGCAUUUAAUGAAGAUACCAUCAUCUUCCAAUAUCUAUUUGGUAUAACUACCUCCUGUCAGGGAGUAUUUAUAUUUAUUUUCCAUACAGUUUUAAGUAAAAAGGUACAAGAAGGAUUUAGAAAAAUAAUGCACAGACGCAGAGCAAAGUCUAUGUCAAACUUUAGCAGCAAACCAAAGUCUUCUGGAACAAAUGUCACAUUUGAUUUAAAAGAUAGCAACACUGGUUCUACAAUCUUAAAGGAUAUGAAGAAGGAGACGCCAAAGAAUUAUGAAUCAAGAGCUUUCCUUAAACUAAAUGAAUCGCAAGCUUACGAAGAAGCAAAUGCCUAAACCUGUCGUCAUAGUUAUAACUGUCAAUCAAAUUUAUAACCUUUCUGUAGGCAAAGUCAGAGACAAGUUUGACAAACGUAGUAUGGAACUGAUUCUAGAUAAUAUAUUGUAAACAAACUUUUAUUUGUAUUUUACUAUUUUCGCGAGUAGAAAAUAAAACGAACUUAAAUCGUCUUGUACAUGUAAAAUUUUGAUCCUCAAUUUUACACAGACGAUACAUAAAUUGUGAAAAUAAAUCUCCGCUAAGUCCUUUAAAGAGGGUUGCACUUGUAAAAAAGUAUUUGCAGAAAUAAGUUGGUUUACAGUAUUUACAAAUUUAAUGUUGUUGUUAUAAUUCUUUGUUAUACCAUUAUAUGUAUCAAUAAUGUUUUCAUUAUUGCAUAGUGUGUACCA